AUGGCGUUGGUGCUGGAAGAAGUGGUGGUCAAGGACCAGCUGAUGCGGUUGCUGCACCAGCUCGAUUUCAGCGAUGUAACGGAGGAGGGGGAGCUGCUGGAGGCGCUGCAGACCAAGGGAGCGACUGACCCGCACUACCGCGUGCUGUGCGCGCACCUGGCGAGCGAGUUUGCGUCCUGGGUCGAGUUCCUGGCCGGCAACGACCUCCCCAGCCCCGUGCACAUUCCCACCGACACCGCCGAGACCUUCGCCCAGGCCCUCGUGCCCCUCCUGCGGAAAGAAGGCGCGCACAAGCUGGUGGAGCGAUUUGGCCUCAAUGGCGAUGCGCCGCUGCAGACAUUCACGCAGAAGGCAGACCUCCUCGAGUACUUCCUGGGCGAACUGCUGGCCUGCCGGCUGAUGGGCUACAAGCGCUCAAAGUAUCAAAACCCGUCGGUGUCGGCUGAGAAGAGCGGCGACCUGUCCAAGCAGUUUGGCGGAUGCAUCAAGACCGCGUUCGCCGUGCUGAAGAUCGAGCACGUGCCGGAAACCGGUGAGAAAGCGGUUCGGGCCAUUGAAGAGAAGAUCAUCCAGCUCAACAAAACGCUCCCCGAGAGCUACAACCGCCCGCUGUUCGACCUCUCGUCCCUUUCCCCCGAACAACUGAGCCGCCUCGAGCAGGUCAACGAUGGUUUCAAGACUGAGUACAGCAAGCGACAAGCGAUGAUCGUCGAUCGGUUCCGUCAGACCCUGAUCCCGCUGUUCCGCGUCAAGGGCGUACCGGUGGAGAUCAAGGAGGGGCUGCAAUCCAACAUCAACGAAGAGCUCGCCAAACACCAGAAGUCUCACUCGUGCGAUUUCUCCACGUGGGACAUUGUGGUCGCGCGGGACGACCUCAUCCGACAGCAGAUGCAGCGGACCAGCAUGCGCUCUCUCGACGACAAGGGCAGCGAGCCGCGGAUGAAGUCGCUCGUGGUCAACGUGGAGGUCUCCCGGAAAGGCGCCGGAGGGAGGGUGGUCAACAAGAAGGAGGAGCUGCCCAAGCGUAGUCGGCGACGAAGGAAGUGGGAGGCCGACGACGCCGAUUCACUUCCGACGGGCAUCGACGUCGAAGCCGGCGGCGAGGAGGAGGAAAGAGAGGGCGAGCCCUUGCCCGAAGAAGAAGGAACGGGGAAGAAGGAAGGUGGCGGCGAGGAAGAAGAAGGAGAGGAGGAGGAGGGUGAGCUGACGCGGGAGGAGAAGGCGGAGAGGCGACGACUGACCAACGAGAGGCGCGAAAUGGGCGAGAAGCGGAAGGCGGACGAGCUGCUCAAGAAGAAGACGCAGGAGCCGAAGGAGCUGAGCAAGCAGGACAAGCAGUUCCUCAAGCAACAGCUGAAGAAGGAGAAGCGCCAGCAGAGACGAGAGAAGAAGCUCGAGAAGACCAGGCGUGGCCAAACCAACAACAGGAGCGACGACGAAGCCGACUGA